AUGGAAUCUUUUGGACGUGUUUCGCAUCCUUCGUUGGCUCAAGUAGAAGCUCUAGUGCAAUAUUUAGAAGAAAGACCGCAGUUGGCUAAAGGAUUUUUAAGAAACCCGUCUGCCAAGGCUCAAGCCCGUAAAGAAUGGGAAAUGAUUACGUCCAAAUUAAACAGUAUUGGAGGAGGCACCAUCAAAAGUGUACAAAAAUGGAUAAAGUACUGGGCUGACAAAAAAAGCGCAAUAAAAAAAAAAGCUGCACUUAGAGCUGCCGCUAGACGUAGGACUGGUGGUGGAAAUGUGGAGGUGCUAGAAUUAAAUGGAAUUGAAGAGAGGAUAGUUGCAUUAAUGGGUGGUGGUGGAUUUGCUACUGGAGAUGUGCAUCUCCAGAUACCAGUGUUUGAUGAGCCAACAUCCGAUGCAGAUGACAGUCCUUCAAUUUUAGUUGGAUUUUCAGAGCAAAAUAAUGAACCAAAUACUAAUGUGGCUCAUGAAUGUCCAAGUACAUCAUUUAAUUUGGAUACUCCUGUAUAUAGCGUAGAAAUGCCAAAUGUGCACCGGGAAUUGUCACCACAGCACUUAGACCAACCACACCAUCAACCCGCUGCUGCAUCACAAGCAUGUGAACUCAGAGAGCUAUCAACUAGAGCUCCCGCCAGUCCACUUGCUGCAGGUGAUAGGGAUAACUUGCCACAUAACACUGCCAGUGUAGGUUCAACUCCUAGACGACGAAGAUUUCGCGUUAGACGGUCACCUCCGUCUCAGCGACGUUCCCAAUUUGUUAGUAUAUCCGAAAUUUUUUUGAGGAUAGAAGAACAACGAGUGGAUCUUGAACGUCGCAUAGUGGCGGUAUUAGAAAGUCACAUUGAGACGGGGCGUUUGAUGGCCCAAGCAAAUCUUGCUCUAGGAGAAGGACUUAAGGCUGUGGCAGAAAUAUUAAAUAAAAAAUGAAAAACAUUUUUAUCUUAUUUUUAUUAAAAAUACUUUUUAUACAAUGGUAUUGUGGCUGCUUAGGCGGCGUAGUAGUACUAUGGUAGCACUGGCGCAUAGAGAUUUCGGAAUCGAUCCCCGGUCGAGUAAAGUAAAAGAAUGUGUUUUGCCACACAACCAUAACAGUGAUCCAUACUAAUGUUAAUCAUAUACUAAUAUUAAAAUACUUGUUAUAACACCAUACCACAAACACACACAUUCACCAUACUAAUUUAUU